GUUAGAAAAUAAAAUUUUUGAAAGUAGCCAGACUAUAAAUAGUAGAUUGGAACUGUAAACCAAUUAUCAGAAAUGUUAUACCAAAACUGAAUUUUCAGUUCUUUUUCUUCUUCGACUUUCAGUCCCCGAAACCCUAACCCCCAAUCUGAACUUCUCCUCUUCUGUAAGUCCGGCCACCCCCAAGGCCCCCGGAUCGUGACAAACUAAUAGUAACCUUUAAGACCUAAAAAAAGUGAUCUUUCUCCCAACCCAAUUAUUCUUCUUCCUGGCCGGCGGCUACCAACCGAUGGGCAGAAACAUGCCUGUAUGGAUGAAGGAGGUACUACAAGAGUUGAUUCGCAAGGAUCAUAAGAAGGGUUUUGUGUCUUUCAUCCGGCGCCACUAUUCUGAUAAGAAUAGUGAUAGUUUCUUGACUAUGAAAAAUAUGUUGCAUCCUGGUGACAUAAUGAAGAAUUAUGAUAGUUUCAGGACUAUCAAAAAAAUGUUGCGUUCUGGUGACAUAAUGAUGUGGAUUUGUUCAUAUUCCGCGGAGAGAUGUGCCACUGCUCUGCUGGAAGGAAAGACUGGAGUUUGUGUUGAUCUUAAUGUGCCACUCCAAAAUGGAUGCUAUCCUUUGCACCUUGUGGCUGAGAAUUUACGCUCUCGCUUUACGGAUUUAUUCCUGCGCCAUGGAGCUCGCACUGAUCUUUGUUGCGCCGUUAAAGACUCCAAGUACCUCGGAAUGCUCCCCUUAAGCAUUGCACUUGAGGCAUUGCGUUGUCAUGACUAUCUAAGGGAUUGGAAUCCUUCCAAAUCAACCUUCAAGUUGAUUUAUUGUCUUUGCUUCCCUGAACUGCAAGAGCCCUUGGAGACAGUAAAACUACUUUCUGAGAAGACGCCAGAGCUGGAGAGUAUAACUUCCUCUGUUGUUCGAGAGGGAAAGCUUGUCGAGCUUGCUGCGCUGUUGUUCGUGGCCUGGAACAAGUUGCUUGUUCCAGUCAGUGGUGACGAUGCAGACAGCUCUUUUCUAGGGCAAUGCAUCACGAAAAAUUUAGCUUCACUAGUUGAUCUAGAGUUUAAACUGAUCAACACCGGCAGAAAUGUAGAAUUGAGCGAAUGCAGAAAGAUGCAAGAUGCCAUGGCUUCUGCAACAUUGAUGCUCACUGUUUUCGAAAGGAGUGGUGAACUUAUUGAUAGGUUUCGCCUGCUGUGCUUUGAUCGCGCAGACUUCUUUCCAAAUUAUCUAUCAGUACGAAGUACGAUAAUCAUGCUAAAGCAACUUGGGUUUGCUUUGAAGAGAGAAGACACUAACCUAAGUGACAUGCGCUGCUUUCACAUUGGGAUGAAUUCUAGGGAUGCAGAAGAAGAAUUCCAUCGCUCCAUUGAUUGGAUACUACAGUCAAGGAAAAGUCAAGUUUCUUCAGCGUCUUUCGGUUUCAGAGAACCAAGAGAGCCAGUUACUAAUAACCUUGCAGCAAAUCACCUGGUGCAACCUCCUUCAUCAUCCUUCUCCGCGAGAGCAUUCCACACAUGCCGGUUUCCAACGUCUACAUCUGUCCCUAAGCUCUGUACUCCAGCUGAAGGUCAUCAUCAUAUGAAAACUAUCAGCAGCAAGCGAUCAAAUUUUCUUUGUGCCAUGCGGGGGGCUUAUUAUGGUCUGACCUUGAUGAGAUUAAGGACAAAAUGAGAGUUCUUGCAAAGUGGAUUCAGUAUUAUUAUUGCCAAACUUGGAAGUGUUUUUGUGGUACUUGCAUGCGUACGUAGUCUCCUGUAGUAGUAGUGCAACUGAAUUUAGUUGAGUUUUGAAUGGUUUCUGCUGCAUUAUGUUCCAAAAAGAUUAAGAAUGACCCGGCUUUUUUAAUCCUUUUUUAUCCCUCAUUGUAUUCACGUAGUGAUGCUUUGAAUCGAUGCAAAUGCCACACUCGUCUUUUUCCACGUGGAUUGUAGUUAGGGCACUGUACUUAGAGAUUCUGCC